AUGAAUUUUGAUGAUAGUUGCAACGAUGCAGGAGGCUGUCUUCUUAUAUUCCUGCCUGUUCCUUCAUCUUCCAGUCUUCUUAUAUUCCUGCCUGUUCCUUCAUCUUCCAGUCUUCUUAUAUUCCUGCCUGUUCCUUCAUCUUCCAGUCUUCUUAUAUUCCUGCCUGUUCCUUCAUCUUCCAGUCUUCUUAUAUUCCUGCCUGUUCCUUCAUCUUCCAGUCUUCUUAUAUUCCUGCCUGUUCCUUCAUCUUCCAGUCUUCUUAUAUUCCUGCCUGUUCAUUCAUCUUCCAGUCUUCUUAUAUUCCUGCCUGUUCCUUCAUCUUCCAGUCUUCUUAUAUUCCUGCCUGUUCCUUCAUCUUGCAAUUUUCUUAUAUUCCUGUCUGUUCCUUCAUUUUCCAGUCUUCUUAUAUUCCUGCCUGUUCCUUCAUCUUCCAGUCUUCUUAUAUUCCUGCCUGUUCCUUCAUCUUCCAGUCUUCUUAUAUUCCUGCCUGUUCCUUCAUCUUCCAGUCUUCUUAUAUUCCUGCCUGUUCAUUCAUCUUCCAGUCUUCUUAUAUUCCUGCCUGUUCCUUCAUCUUCCAGUCUUCUUUUAUUCCUGCCUGUUCCUUCAUCUUCCAGUCUUCUUAUAUUCCUGCCUGUUCCUUCAUCUUGCAAUUUUCUUAUAUUCCUGUCUGUUCCUUCAUUUUCCAGUCUUCUUAUAUUCCUGCCUGUUCCUUCAUCUUCCAGUCUUCUUAUAUUCCUGCCUGUUCCUUCAUCUUCCAGUCUUCUUAUAUUCCUGCCUGUUCAUUCAUCUUCCAGUCUUCUUAUAUUCCUGCCUGUUCCUUCAUCUUCCAGUCUUCUUAUAUUCCUGCCUGUUCCUUCAUCUUGCAAUUUUCUUAUAUUCCUGUCUGUUCCUUCAUUUUCCAGUCUUCUUAUAUUCCUGCCUGUUCCUUCAUCUUCCAGUCUUCUUAUAUUCCUGCCUGUUCCUUCAUCUUCCAGUCUUCUUAUAUUCCUGCCUGUUCCUUCAUCUUCCAGUCUUCUUAUAUUCCUGCCUGUUCCUUCAUCUUCCAGUCUUCUUAUAUUCCUGCCUGUUCCUUCAUUUUCCAGUCUUCUUAUAUUCCUGUCUGUUCCUUCAUCUUCCAAUUUUCUUAUAUUCCUGCCUGUUCCUUCAUCUUCCAGUCUUCUUAUAUUCCUGCCUGUUCCUUCAUCUUCCAGUCUUCUUAUAUUCCUGCCUGUUCCUUCAUCUUCCAGUCUUCUUAUAUUCCUGCCUGUUCCUUCAUCUUCCAGUCUUCUUAUAUUCCUGCCUGUUCCUUCAUCUUCCAGUCUUCUUAUAUUCCUGCCUGUUCCUUCAUCUUCCAGUCUUCUUAUAUUCCUGCCUGUUCAUUCAUCUUCCAGUCUUCUUAUAUUCCUGCCUGUUCCUUCAUUUUCCAGUCUUCUUUUAUUCCUGCCUGUUCCUUCAUUUUCCAGUCUUCUUAGGUCAUGCCAGUUCUUUCCUCCGCAAGUCUUAUUAUAUUCUGAAAAACAGUAUGAGACUAAUGGUGACGCUUUCCCUCGUAUCCCUGAUUUGAUUCGAAGAAAGAAUGACUGA